CCAGCACAUCUCCACCGACUAGCAGGAAAGUGCUACAGUUACAUAGAGUCCACGUAAGUACUGGGCAACUGAGCACCUACAAAAUCAACACCUAUCUGCUGCAGGGAGAACUUUAUGGCAAAGUUUCGAUCAAACUGUUUAGGACAUAUUUCUUCUCUGUACCAGUUUUCCAAUUGGUUGAUUCAACGCUAGUCAAAGCUGCUAGAUGACAUGUGUAGAUAAUAGGUAUAUUUGAGAAUACAUCUCUGUUGUUAUUUUGUUUAGGUAUAAAUAUGAAUUCUGUCCAUUCCACAACAUCACCCAGCAUGAGCAGUCAUUCAGGUGGAAUGCUUACAGUGGCAUACUGGGGUGAGUGGAUCCUCCACAGCACAAUUUCAAACUGCACUCAUCUUAUCAGGUGAAUUAGAUUCAUUGAAGCAUGGUAUCCUAUGAAUACAUUAUUUCCAUUCAACAUUUACACCCUUUGUCUUUCCAACAGAAUCUGGCAGGAGUGGGAGAUUGUGAACAACACCUUUUUGGCCAUGUGGAUGAGAGAAGGAGAUGCCUGUGGGAAUGAAAAUAGGAGAACAAAGGUAAUACAUUGCUUGUGCUCAUUCCUUCCAGAGGCCAACUUACAAAGCAGGAUUGGUGAGCGUUUGUGAGUAGUACAUUUACAUUUACGUCAUUUAGCAGACGCUCUUAUCCAGAGCGACUUACAGUUAAUGAGUGCAUACAUUUUUCAUACUGGCCCCCCGUGGGAAUCGAACCCACAACCCUGGCGUUGCAAGCGCCAUGCUCUACCAACUGAGCUACAAGAGUAUAACGUGCACUACCCAGUCAGCAAGCUUUGUGAAAGGCCUUUAAAGACAUCGUAGAGUUGAAUGUUGCUGUUACUGUUCUUGGUGGAAAUAUUUUUUCUUGUUUCACUAGGUCAUUCUGACCUGCGGUGGAAGUAGCAAGUUGGCUCACGUGUCAGAGCCCACUACCUGUGUGUAUUCUCUAACCUUUGAGACCCCACUUGUAUGCCACCCGCAUUCUCUCUUAGGUAAGACAAACAAAAGCAGGGACUCUUAUAUGAACAUUUAAGAUGGUGCUUGUUUGCGUUCUGAGUCACACUUGUGUCCUCUCAUCAAGUGUACCCAACUCUGAGUGACAAGCUGCAGAUGGAAUGGGAUGAAGCCGAACAAGCCCUCUAUGAGAACCUCAUUACUGAGCAGGUACGACGUUACUUACUAACAUGGGUCCUGAUAAAGCAUUGACAUUGCCCUGUCAUAGCACAUAUAUGAGUGUUGGAAUACACAGGAGUGUAAAGGUGCUCGCAGACAGAAAGCGGCAGGCGGGGUGGCCUAUUCAUUUUCAAUGAGGCGGGGGGUGGAAUUCUAUCCAGGCGGAGUGGUCGGCGGUGCUCGUGCACAUGAAAGCCAAUUUGGGCGAUAUCCACUCCGGAGUUUCGCUUCCUGUCUGGAAAGCGCUUAAGAAGUCCUCUAACGUGUAAAUGUGUAUUACAGGGCUACAAUAAUAUACUGAGGGAUAUUUUUGAGGAUGCUGGUUUCCUAAAGAGCCAAAAGGUAAAGGAGAAGCCGGAGAUCACAACUACCUCAAAGACACAUGAUUCCUUGCAGAAAUGCAAUGAGGUAAGUUCACUGGAGAGAAUCCAAAACCACUUGUGA